GCAUAAAAGCGCUGGGCACAUUCACACGCUUUUCUUUCUUCUCAGCUGUGUAAAAUCAUCCGCAUCUGAUCUUGCGCGUUUCAUUCGAUCGCUCUGGGAAUUUGCUUCCUUCUCAAGAUCUGAUCUUCACCCCCAGAUUUAAGCUUAAAAGAAUCAGAAAUGGCGGCGAUUGGAGGACCCGACCCUUUGUUCGGAUUGAGGAACAACUUUUACUUAGGGGCGUACCAGGCCGCAAUCAACAACAGCGAAAUCCCUAAUCUCUCGGCCGACGACGCCGUUGAGAGGGACUGCCUCGUUUACCGCUCUUACAUUGCUCUUGGAAGUUAUCAGCUCGUGAUAAGUGAGAUUGAUUCAUCUGCGGCAACACCACUUCAGGCGGUGAAAUUGUUGGCUCUAUAUCUCUCCAGCCCUGACAACAAGGAAACAGUAAUUUCAAGUCUCCAUGAGUGGUUGGCAGAUCCUGCCAUUGGAAGCAACCCCAUCUUACGUCUUAUUGCAGGGACCGUAUUCAUGCACGAACAGGAUUAUAAUGAAGCUUUGAAGCAUACUAAUGCUGGAGGAACUAUGGAGUUGCAUGCUUUGAAUGUCCAAAUUUUUCUUAAGAUGCACCGUUCAGAUUAUGCUGAGAAACAAUUGAGAGUCAUGCAAGGAAUAGAUGAAGACCAUACACUAACCCAACUUGCUAAUGCAUGGCUUAACUUGGCCGUGGGUGGUUCAAAGAUACAGGAGGCAUAUCUUAUUUUUCAAGAUUUCUCAGAGAAGUACCCAAUGACUAGCUUGGUUUUGAAUGGGAAGGCUGUUUGCUGCAUGCACAAGGGGGAAUUUGACGAGGCAGAGACCCUUCUGCUUGAGGCCCUUAACAGAGAUGCUAAGGAUCCAGAGACCCUUGCCAAUCUGGUUGUUUGUAGCCUUCACCUUGGUAAAUCAGCAUCGCGCUACCUCAGCCAAUUGAAACUUUCACACCCAGACCACACUCUCGUGGUACGUGCGUCUGCCGCAGAGGAAAGUUUCGACAGAGCAGAACAAACAGUUGGGUGAAGAGUGUAGGAGCUGCAACAAGAUUGCUUCUGCUCUGUCAAUGAAAGUAUAUUUUUGGUGUAACAUCUUGCGAAGAAAUUUGUGUGUGGAUGUUGUCAUUUGUUGAAUGGCAUCAAUUUGUUAGGAAAGGUGCAACAUGACUAUUUGAUGUUCGACUGAGUACACUAUAUUGGAUAUCAAGAUUGGUAUAUUUGAGCCUCGAGCAACAUACGUUACGACUUAGUACAAUUGUAGAAUCUUUUGCUAGCGAAACAGUCUUGUUAAACUUUUUGGGAUAUAAUUGUUGUUUUUGUUGUUGAA